AUGCGAAAGGUCGCUACUGAGGCGUGGCUGAGCAAGAGCGGCAAGGCUGGUGGGGAGGCUUGCCACCUGGGCUCGCCGGGCGGGCCCCUCAAUCCAAUAACGCCCGACCGCGCCAACCGCGAGUCUACCUUUAUGGCGUCGCUGCGAAGUGACCUCCGCUCCAGCCCUGUGCACGAUAAGAUCAGCCAGUUCAACACCCUCGCCAUGCAGUCCAAGUCGCUCGAGCGCAAGACGGCCGACGCCGCCCUCAAGCGAGCCAUGCUCGGCCGCGAGGAGGCCGAGGGCGAGAUGCGUCGUUACCGAGACGAGACCAAGGUCCUGCGAGUCCAGCUCGAAAAGGCCCGCGACCGCGAGAUGCGCGUCAGCGAGCGCCUCGAGGCUGUCAUGGAACAACACGGCCGCGCCAAGGAGACGUACGCCCACACCAAGGCCGCCUGGGAAAAGGAAAUCAAGCACGCCCGCAAAAAGACGUUCAAAAACGACGCCGCCAUCAUCAAGCUCCAGGAAGAACUCAAGGCCGCCCGCGACGGCUGGCGCUCCGUCUCCGACCACCUCGACAACGAAAAGGCCCGCAGCAAGGCCCGCGAGCAGGAGGCCUUUGCCGCCCGCUACCAGAUGGUCAGCCUCGAGGAGAAGCUCGGCGAGGCCCUCGAGCGCAUCAAGGUCCUCGAGCAGGAGCGCGACGCCAUGCGCAUGGAGCGCGACACCUUCCGCGACCUCGCCAAGGAGGAGGAGGUCGCCCGCAUCGCCGCCGAGGGCCGCAUCCCGCUGCCCAAGAACGAGGACCACGACGACGAGUUUGCGUCGCCGAGGAAGAAGAAGCCCAGGGUCUCGCUGUCGACGGCCGACGUCGUCUCGAGCGCCGCUAGCGAGGCCGAGUUUGAGGAGAUGAUGCGCAAGAUGGAGUGGGAGCACCAGCGCGCCGAGCGCGCCUACGAGACCAUUGACUUUCUCAAGGCAGAGUGCCAGCUCAAGGCCUGCGAGGGCGCCCGGUCGCUCAAGAGGAAGAGCAUGAUGUCGCCUCGUCGCAUCCUCGUCGCGCCACAGGACAACGUCCUGCCGUCAGGAAGCGAAGCCAGCCCCGACGCAGCACCAUCUUCAACCCCGAGGAGGGGACGUUCCGUACCGUCUCACAGGAGGAGGCCCCAAGUCCUGGCGGCGACAGAAGGCGCGGCCAUGCACAUUAUGGAGCAGGAUGCCGAGGACUCGACGGACGAGCAAGUCGUGGAAGAGAUCGACAUGCAGAUGGAGGACCUAGUCGACGUCGCCGUGCAACCUGAGGAGCAAGACACCCAGAUCGAAGAGCAACUACAAGUCCAGGUGGACGACGCCAGCGAGCCGGCUAGUCCUGUAGACGCACCCUCAGAACGUCGCAUGUACGCGCGUACCCCCUCCGUCGAGCCUCCCGCCUUUGCCCUCCUCGCGCAGGAGCGCAUGUCGUUGGCCUCUCUGCUCAACGCGCCCCACGGCGAUGCACACACCGCUCCGCUUCCCAGCAUACCUACUGUGCCUGACGAAGUCGGACAGGCCGAGGAAGAAGAAGAAGAAGGGGAUGAGCAAGCAGAGGUCAGGGAAGCCGAAGAACGAGAGGCGCCAAAAGUCGCCUCACCGCCAAGGAAGCGCUCGCCGCGCAGCUCAACAACAUCCGUCGCCACCAGCUACCGCACGUCGACGACGACAACGACGAUUCCCAUCUACGACGAAACCGAACGGCCGGCAUCCCGCUUCGCCCGCUGCCGCACCCCCUCGGGCGAGUCCCACUCGUCCUUUGACGUCAACAACCCGGCCAUGACGCCGACCAUGACGCGCGAGGAGGCCCUCGCCCGCAUCCGCGAGCGCCGCGGCCGCGCCCGCAGCGCCGCCCAGGGCGCCGUGACGCCCCGGCUCAAGAUGGUCGAGGGCGCCGGCGAGAGGCGCGACCUCAGCGCGCCGCAGCCCCAGGCGAAACCCACGAGCAUGAGCAAGGCGGCGGGGCGGGUACGUCACGCGCGGUGA